UCGAUUUGGUUUUGCACGAACGCUUGUUUCUUCUUCUAGUCUUUGGAGUUUGAUUCUUCUUUCUGAUUCAAAAUCAAAGCUGAAGGUACCAAUUAUUAUCCGACGGAUUCUCUCUCUCUCUCUCUCUCUCUCUCUCAGCUAUGAAAAUGGAUUUGAUGUCUGGUUACAAGGGUGUUGUUGGGCUUGUUUUUGGCAACGAGAAUUCUUCAAAUGAAGAUAGGUAUGUUGAGAGGUUGCUUGACCGGAUAAACAAUGGGAAACUCCCAGAUGACAGGAGAAAUGCUAUUACUGAGCUUCAGGCUGUUGUCUCCGAAAAUAAAGCUUUCCAGUUAGCAUUUGGGGCAAUGGGCCUUCCUAUAAUCUUAGGCGUCUUAAAGGAAGAACGUCAUGAUGUUGAAAUGGUUCGUGGUGCAUUGGAAACUCUUGUCAGUGCAUUGACUCCCAUUAAUCAUUCAAAAGGAUCAAGUAAUGAAGUUCAGCCAGAUUUGAUGAAUACUGAUUUACUAUCUAGAGAAGAAGAAAGUAUCCCUCUUCUUCUAAGUUUGUUGGAAGAGGAUGAUUUUUAUGUGCGAUAUUAUACUCUGCAAAUAUUGACUGCCCUUCUCUCUAAUUCUCGACAGAGGUAUAAGUUAAAUAGUUUCCAUGGUAGUUUGAUUCCUGAAGUUGUUAUAUCAUCUUGCUUGGAAAGGACCCUUGCUGACUUCUUCUUCAGGUUACAGGAAACUAUAUUGACCAUCCCGCGUGGUAUAACCCGGCUAAUGGACAUGCUUAUGGAUCGUGAGGUGAUUAGGAAUGAGGCCUUGUUGCUUCUUACUCACCUGACCCGUGAAGCUGAGGAGAUCCAAAAGAUUGUUGUCUUUGAAGGUGCAUAUGAGAAAAUAUUCAGUAUUAUAAGGGAGGAGGGAAAUUCAGAUGGCGGUGUAGUUGUGCAGGACUGCCUUGAAUUGUUGAACAAUUUGAUUCGUACCAAUGCAUCCAAUCAGGUGCUACUCAGAGAGACUAUAGGACUUGAUUCAUUGAUAUUGAUUUUGAAGCUAAGAGGAAGUUCUUACUCUUUUACUCAACAAAAGACAAUCAAUCUACUCAGUGCAUUAGAAACCAUUAAAUUGUUACUAAAGGGAGGUUCUGAGUCUGAUCCUGGGAAAGAUGCUAAUAAAAAGACAAAUAAGGCAGCUCUGGUUCAGAAAAAGGUACUGGACAGUUUGUUGAUCUUAGGUGUUGAAAGCCAAUGGGUACCCGUUCCAGUUCGCUGUGAGGCAUUGAGAUGCAUUGGGGACUUGAUUGCUGGAGAUUCAAAGAAUCUUGAUCUUCUUGCUAGCAAAGUUCUUGGAGAGGAGCCACAAGUCGAACCUGCUCUGAAUUCUAUACUUCGAAUAAUUUUGAGGUCUUCUAGCAUGCAAGAGUUCAUUGCAGCUGAUUAUGUUUUCAAAAACUUUUGUGAGCAAAACACUGAUGGCCAAGCAAUGCUAGCGUCUACACUAAUUCCUCAGCCAUAUUCCAUGAAUCAUUCAUUCCUUGAGGAGGAUGUCAAUAUGUCUUUUGGAAGCAUGCUAUUACAUGGUCUUACUUUGGGUGAAAAUGAUGGUGAUCUUGAGACUUGUAGCAGAGCCGCUAGCGUUCUAUCACAUAUACUGAAGGACAAUCUCCAAUGCAAGGAAAGGGUUUUGCGAAUUGAAAUUGAGGCACCCAUGCAAUCUUUAGGAGCUCCAGAGCCACUAAUGCAUCGGAUGGUGAAAUAUUUAGCCAUUGCAUCUUCAAUGAAAUCCAAAGAUGGAAAGUCCAAUGCAUCAGGAAAUUCAUAUGUUCAAGCUAUUAUUUUGAAAUUACUGGUUACAUGGCUAGCUGAUUGCCCGAAUGCAGUGAACUGCUUCCUAGAUGCUCGACCCCACCUUACUUAUCUUCUUGAGCUAGUAUCAAAUUUGUCAGAAACAGUGUGUAUAAGGGGUUUCGCAGCAGUUGUGCUGGGUGAAUGUGUGAUCUAUAACAAAUCCACUGAUAACGGAAAAGAUGCAUUUGCCAUUGUUGAUAUAAUAAGUCAGAAAAUUGGACUUAGUUCGUAUUUCUUAAAAUUUGAUGAGAUGCAUAAGAGUUUUGUUUUCGCUAACGUGGAGUCAUCAUUAACACACAGAUCAUUCUCUAGAUCUUCAGCAGCUAGCAUGGCAGAUAUUCAAGAUGUAGAUGAGAAUGAUUUGUCAGAAAAGAAAAAUAUGGACCAUCCAAAUCUUUCUUCAAUCUUGGAUUCUUACUUUGUGAAUUUUGUUAAAAGACUGGAGGCAAAUAUUAGAGAACAGAUUGUGGAGGUUUAUAGUCGUCCAAAAACCAAGGUAGCGGUAGUGCCAGAAGAAAUAGAGCAGAAGAAGGGUGAAAGUGAGGUUGAAUAUAUAAAGCGGCUGAAAGCUUUUAUUGAGAAGCAGCACACUGAGAUUCAGGAUCUUGCUAUUCGAAAUGGUACACUGGCAGAAGACCUGGCUAAGACAGGUAAUAGUUUGCAGUCUGAGCAAAGAGUGAGUGGAGGCAUGGAUAGAGUUCAAAUAGAGACACUCCGUAGAGAUUUCCAAGAAGCAUCUAAAAGGUUGGAGAUGCUUAAGAAAGAAAAAGCCAAAAUUGAAUCGGAGGCAAUUAUGUAUCAGAAUUUAGCUGCAAAGACGGAAGGUGAUCUAAGGAGUCUGUCGGAUGCAUACAAUAGCCUUGAGCAAUCUAACCUCCAUCUAGAGAAUGAGGUGAAAGCACUGAGGGGAGAAGGCCACUCAACAUUCCCAGAUGUAGAGGCAAUAAAAGCUGAAGCAAGGGAAGAAGCUCUGAAGGAGAGCGAAGGUGAACUGAAUGAUCUGCUUGUAUGCCUUGGACAAGAACAAAGCAAGGUGGAUAAACUUAGUGCUAGGUUGCUGGAGUUGGGGGAGGAUGUUGACAAACUACUUGAAGGCAUUGGAGAUGAUGCUGGGGCUGCUGAAGAUUUCGAAGAUGAAGAAGAUGCCGAGUAACAUAUUUUCAUUUGUGUCUCACUUUAUACGUUUCAUGUUAAAUUGUACAGCUAACACAAUCUAUGGAGAAUGGAGACAUUCUAUGGUUGAAUUUUAAAUUAUGAUUUCUUCAAGACAUUUCUUGCUGGUUAUAUUUUGCAAUAUUCAGGUGUGAUUAAAUUGUGUC